AUACACCCAUAAUCAAGUUCGCAAGAAUCAUUUAUUUUUGAAAAUGAUCACUCAUUCUUGUAGGAUCUUUCUUUCGCUAUUACUAAUUGACUGCAACGCAAUGUUGAAUUUAAAACAGUUCUGCGUAAAAUUGCUGUUGCUGAUGGAGUCAUUGUCAUUUAGUUGUAAUUUGGCCGCAUGUGGAAGUUUUCGAUUCAAUUUUUACGACGUUUUUUUUUUGUUCAAAGUGAAAAUGAUCAUUUACACGGUACUUUUGAUACUGUAUCUAAGCAAAUUCGAUAAGAUUGAAGGUGGUAUUUGUGGUAGAAAAUCAGAUGAAUUUAAUAUUGAUAAUUUUCAAUAUGUGGGAGAUCCCGUUACAGUCGUUUGUAUAACCGAAAAAAAUCAGACCGAGUUCUAUUUGACUGAAGUAAAUGGAAGUGUGCCGCCUGAUUUUAUAAAACGUUUACAUAAUGGCAGAGACAUGUCUUUGUUUUUUCAUGGCAUUGAAAAUAAGAUAACACAGAAAAAAGGAUUUCUUUUUUUCUCUGCAAAAGCAUGGUUUGAUGCGUCACAAAAGAAUAUUUGCAUUUUUUCCUAUGCAUAUACAACGGAUCCAACGACAGCGUUAAAAAUACUACCGCAUGUGAGUAAAAUGGUGAAAACCAAGCGGCUUGAGUACGUCGCAAGGAUGGCACGUGACAUGGUAUUGGCCGUUUACCGGCGUUGUGUGAAGUACACCAGAGCACCGUGUCUCCAAAGUAUGUCACAGGUUGAUGUGAGUGGUUUUAGUUUUGGUGCACAUAUUGCUGGACGAACUUGCCAAUAUUUGGAGGAGAAAACCGGCGAAAAAGUCCGAAUGUUACUAGCUUUGGACCCGGCCAAAUUUCCACCGUUUGGCGCUAAAGCAAAGAAUACUAUCAAAAGUGGACACGCCAACUAUGUUCAAGUGAUCCAUACAUCGAAUGUCGUUGGUAUUUGGGAUCAACUUGGCGACACCGAUAUAUACGUUAAAUUUAAAACAGAAUCAUCAUUUUUCGAAUCGAUAGCAGACAAACAUCAAUUAAGCUAUUACAUGCAUGUUACAACAGCUUCAAAACGACUUUUUCUCAUUGCCGAACAGAAUGAGAAUCGAAAUGGCACUGUCAUCAAAAGUGAAAAUGCAUACACUGAACCAAAACCAAAGUCUAAUGAGUGCUUGGUUGGUGUGUACAGCACUUUGAAUCCGAGACAUCGGGGCAAAAAGUUCACGAUUUCUUUGACGAAUUAUCUUUCGGCCGGAAAAUCGGGAGGCAAAUGGAAAGUUCUUUGAAAUGUUUUUUUUUAAACUCAUUUUUGCGUCAUUCCAACCUUAACCUUCUGUCCGUCCAAACGAUAUACAGGAUAUUUCCGUCUUUGGGGCGUACAGCUCCCGUAGUGAAUUUUUGUAUGGGAAUUGGAUGUUUAAUUUUGAAAUUGAAUUCUGUCUCGGGUUCAGUACGCCCCAAAGACGGACAGAAGGUUAAAGCUUUGAAAAGUUGUAGCUCUAAUGAGAUUGAGAUGUUAUCGAUUAAAAAAAUAUAAUUUGAUACCCUUCUGGGACUCAUUAA